CUCCCCCCACCCCACCCUUCGCGGCGCUUCUCCUUUGGCGCCAUGGUUCCUGUCCCGGGAUCCCUCGGGCCUGGCCAGGACUGCGGGGAUUCAGCUUCGAAGAGUCGUGAGGCAUCAGGUGGCUCUCGGCUCUCGUCCUCCGCGUCCUUCUCGCGGUGGCUGGCCGCGAGCCCUGAGGCCGGUGGCUGGCCCCUGCGCCUGGCGGGGUGGGGCGGCUCGCCUCAGCGCCUGGCGGGGUGGGGCGGGAUGGCGUCGUCCGCGUGGCUGGAGGCCGGCCUGGCUCGGGUGCUCUUCUACCCGACGCUGCUCUACACAGUGUUCCGGGGGAGGGUGCGCGGCCCGGCGCACCGCGACUGGUACCACCGCAUCGACCACACGGUGCUGCUGGGCGCGCUGCCGCUGAGGAGCAUGACGCGCCGGCUGGUACUGGACGAGAACGUGCGCGGAGUGAUCACUAUGAACGAGGAGUACGAGACCAGAUUCCUGUGCAACACCUCGAAGGAAUGGAAGAAAGCAGGAGUUGAGCAGCUACGGCUCAGCACAGUCGACAUGACUGGGGUCCCCACCUUGGCCAACCUCCACAGAGGAGUCCAGUUUGCUCUCAAGUACCAGUCACUGGGCCAGUGUGUCUAUGUGCAUUGUAAGGCUGGUCGAUCCAGAAGUGCCACAAUGGUGGCAGCCUAUCUGAUUCAGGUACACAACUGGAGUCCAGAGGAGGCCAUAGAAGCUAUCGCCAAAAUCCGGUCACACAUCUCCAUCAGGCCCAGCCAGCUGGAAGUUCUCAAACAGUUCCACAAGGAGAUUGCUGCGAGGGCAGCAAUGAAUUAACUACUGGUUAUCUCUCAUGCUGACUUAAGAGCAUGAAGUCUGUGGAUGACAAAGAAUUUGGAUCUCCCUGAGAUACAGUAACAAGUUUACAGGACAAAGCAGCUUAAGCCAACCACUGCAAAUGUGCUGAGUGGUAGAUAAUGUACCUCCUUUGCCUUCCUUCCUGAAAUAACACUUGGAUGGCUACAGAGAACAAGAUUAUCUGGCUACAUCUUAUUUUCUUUGACAGGGAUAAGGAAAUAUUAAUUUUAACAGAAAUCUGUUGUGUUUCUAAUAUGUAUAAUGGCACUGUAAAUCAAAGGCAUUUAAUGCUAGAAAAGGAAAGAAGUAUCUAGAUCUGUUCUUUGUUACUGUCAGAAUCCAAAUUUUAAUUGUAUGACUUGGCAAAAUGGUUGCCCAGCAUGUAUAAGGCCCCAAAUUUGGUCCCUAGCAGUUCCAAAAAUAAAAAUAAAACUCAACUUUUCCCCUGG